AUGUCGUAUAAAUCCAUGGAUUUAACUGUGAUUUUUAUGUUGUCUGUUUUUGCCUUGAUUUCUACAAAAAUUAUUAACGGCUUCACUAUUGAACUCAUCCACCCUAACUCUCCGUCAAACCCUUACCGCAACCCUUCCAACAACAAAUUUGAUCCGAUCCGGCAAGCGUAUAGCAACACUCGCCCACGCGCCGCCUCAAUCCAAAGUCGCCUCAGAGUUAACGUUGACGCUUCUUUCAAAUUCAAGACUGACGUAAAGCCCUUGGAUGGAGGAUACGUCAUGAAGUACUCCAUCGGAACGCCGCCGUUUGAAACCUACGGCGUCGCCGAUACCGGCAGUGACGUCACCUGGACUCAGUGCGAACCAUGCAUCCAUUGCUUCCCGCAAAGCCUACCCAUAUUUGAUCCGAAGCACAGCAAAUCGUACAAGACGGCCACGUGUGACUCAGAUGCGUGUUAUCUCGAUGACUUCCAUUAUUGUUCCGACGACAACGUUUGCCAGUAUGACGUCAGCUACGGCGACGAGUCCCAAAGCGCCGGCGACGUGGUUACCGAUACUCUCACCAUCGGCGACGCUUCGUUUAAGAACGUGGUGCUGGGGUGCGGCCACCGGAAUGACGUCACGUUCUCCAACGGCAUCGCCUCCGGCAUUGUUGGCCUCGGAUACUCUAACGUCUCGAUCGUGAAGCAUUUGAGCGAAGAAAUCGGCGGAAAAUUCGCUCACUGUCUAUCUUCUCAGUCUGAUUCUAAAAGCUAUAUAAGUUUCGGCCCAGACGCCAUAGUUACCGGUCCUGAUUCUGUUUCAACUCAUAUCUCCAUACGCCCCGAAGAACCUCCAUUUUACUGGCUCUCCUUAGAAAGCAUGAGCGUCGGUGAUAAAAACUUCCCGGUCAAGCAAUCUCCACCUGAAACCCCCGGCAACAUUAUCAUUGAUUCAGGGAUGACGAUGACAACCCUCCCGCCCGAUGUGUUCGAUAGUAUGAAAUCCGAAAUGAUGAAACAGAUCCCCGGAAAGACUCCGAUAGAUGAUCCUCAAGGCUUAUUCGGGCUAUGCUACUCGACAAGUAAAAAAAUUAAAGUACCAAAAAUUAUUGCACAUUUCUCAGGGGCUCAUGUAGAAUUGUCACCUCGGGGGUUGUUUGAAGAAGUAGAAGAAGGUAUCUCUUGUUUCACAAUAACUUCAUUCACAUACAUGGAAACAUCCAUCUUCGGCUGUCCAUCCCAAGUAGACUACCAUAUAGGAUAUAAUUUGGAAGAGAUGAUGGUUACCUUCAAGCCUGCGGAUUGCUCCAAAUUUUAA